UCAAAUGAACUCCAAUGGCGUAACAUGGUGUGGGAUAUGAAAACAAAAUAUACACCAAACAGAGUACAGAAAGUUCAGUUUGUGGUCGACAAGAACCCUUCUGGCAUGGAUGAAUCAUUUGAGUUGUUAAAAUGUAAUGAAGAUUUACCAUCAUCACCUGGAAAUGCAAACAGUGAUCAGGUUAUGGAAUAUGAAAUCUUCCUCCGCAAUGGAAGGUAGCGAAUGGAACCCCGCUGGUUUUGAAAAGAAGGGAGAGAAAAUGCAGGGAAGGAAGAACCAGUUCACACGAUUUCAGUGAUAGGGAAAAUACUGGAAUCCUUUAUUAAGGAUGUGGUGACAGGAUACAGAUGAUCUUCCAGAAUUAAAAGCUGUAGAGACAGACAGAGCCAUACCUGGAGCCUUCCAACUGAGCAGUGGAGUGUCUCAUCAACAAUUCCUGAGGUCUACUCAAACUAUGUGUGCCUCUAACUCGCCUGAUAGUGCCUUGUCAUCUUUCACCAGUGAUUCUGGUGCGAAUUGGUUGACUGAACUAGCUAAUAUAGCCACUAGUCCACAAAGUCCUCUCAUGCAAUGCACAUUUUACAACAGAUCUCCAGUGCAUAUAGUGGCCACAAGUAAAAGUUUACAUUCCUAUGCUCGACCUCCUCCUGUUCUUUCAGAAGGUGAAUCUUGCUUGUCCACAAAUCAUUGGGAAGAACGGACUAACAUAAAGAGAGAGAGGAUGAGUAGUGAAUCAGAGUCAGAUGUCUUUUGUUUGUCAUCGCUGUCAGAUGACGAUGAACUUGGUUGGUCUCACUCAUGGCCACAAACUGCUUGGAAUUGCUUCAUGAAAGGGACACGUCUGCGCUUCCAGAAGGGUGUUUAUAAAGAUUGGCUGGAUGUUGAAGAAUUUGCAAAACGGGCAGCUGUGGAUGAAAAAGCUUUAAAAAGCAAUGCACAUAAGAAAAAUCGAUUUGGAUCUGAAGGGUUGAAGUUGGUGGGACACUCGGAAAUCGUUUCCUUUGGACGUUCUGUACUGAAAUUAACCUUUGAUCCUGGCAAGUCACAGGAUGGUAAAUUGACUGUGGACUGUAGAUUGGAUCACCCCUUUUAUGUGAAAAAUAAAGGAUGGUGUUCCUUUUACCCGAGCUUAACGGUGGUUCACCAUGGAAUUCCAUGCUAUGAAAUGGAAGUUGGAGACGUCUGUCUACCUCCAGGACAUCCAGAUGCCAACAACUUUGAUGAUUCAGGAGUUUUUGACACAUUUAGAAGCUUCGAUUUUACACCAUUGGAUUCCUCGGCUGUUUAUGUACUGAGCAGUAUGGCUCGUCAGCGUCGUGCUUCCCAAACAAGUGCCAGCAGUUUAGACUGUGAAAAGGCUGAAUGGAUGACGAGCUCUGUGCCUUCUGGAUCACCACAUCUGCCUUGUAACUACAAUAAAUCCAGUAAAAGUAUAACCUCUGGGACUGCAAGCACGUUGAGUACCACUUCUCCCACGAAUAAUAAAUGCAAGAGACCAAUGAAUGCCUUCAUGCUCUUUGCCAAAAAAUAUAGAGUUGAAUACACUCAGAUGUACCCAGGAAAAGAUAACAGGGCCAUCAGUGUAAUUUUAGGUGACAAGUGGAAAAUGAUGAAAAAUGAAGAGAGGAGAAUUUAUACAUUGGAAGCCAAAACUCUGGCAGAGGAACAAAAACGCCUUAAUCCAGACUGCUGGAAAAGGAAGCGAAGCAACUCUGGUUCGCAGCAGCAGUAACCAGCACCUUUAGAACCUACUUUAUCCUUGACUUUCACCAUUUGGAAUGAAUUUUAGGAAACUGGAUGCAAGUGAGCAAAAAGACUCAGUGUAUCUAUAUAUUUUAAUUUGAGGAAUUUCUGAUAAAUCUAUAUUUAGAGAAUUGUAAUAAAGUGAGUAUAGUUUGCUUUUUAUAUAAAUGGCUGAUAGUGUUGUAAAUCAAUGCAUUUAAUCUUUCUGACUUUCCUAAUUGCGUAUUGUAAAUGGCCAUAAUUCCUCGUUCUUCCAAAGUUCAGUCAAAGGUUAUUUCAGGUAAAUAUAGCUCUUAGGCUUGAAAACUUUGUACUAAACAAAUCCUGUGGUGCUAAGGUAAGGGAGGAAAGUUGGUAUAUAAAGAUGUUUAUUUUUGCAAAUGUAAAUGGGUAAAGUUUAAUUUCUGUAUAACUGCUGUUGUAUCAUGAUUUGUAUCACUUAUUAUAUUGCACAAUUUUAAUUCAAUUAACUUUAUUUGCAAACGGUGGGGAAUUAGUAUAUGUAGCAGGGAUGCUCCCAAAUUUAUUUUGUGGUGUUUUAGCCAACUAAAGUUGCCAUAAAACUCAAGGCUUGUAUUCAUAAAUUUGGGCACAACAAGUACUUGGGCCAGAAUUUUGCCAUUGUGCUAAAAAACUAUUGCACUUUAGUGUUGCAUUAUGAAAAAUGGGAAUGUGAAAAUGUUUCAUUGAGUCAUUUUCAUGGACUGGCAUUAAUGCCACUCAGUGUUGAUAUUCAUAGUCACAGAUCAACAUUUAUAUGCAACUGCUUUAACUCAAGUAAAUUUAUGUCUUUAUGCAGGCUGUUAUCCCACAGGAACUCUUGCACAAAAAUAAAUUUUUAUUGUAUUCAAGUUCAAAUAAAUAUGUAAAGUGUUAAA